AUGAAGGGAAUGCUGAUAGAGAAAAGUCAAAUAAGGAAGAGAAGUCCUCCAACAAAGGAGANGUGUUUUCUCCAGUUCUACUUUUUCUUCUCCUUGGGUUCUACAGAAAGCUUUUUCUUGGCUAUUAUGGCAUUUGAUCGAUAUCUUGCCAUUUGCCAACCUCUACAUUACCCCACCCUCAUGACUGGACGUCUCUGCACCAAUCUUGUGAUCAGCUGCUGGGUACUUGGUUUUCUCUGGUUUUUGAUUCCUGUCAUCUUCAUCUCCCAAAUGUCCUUCUGUGGAUCCAGAAUCAUUGACCAUUUCCUAUGUGACCCAGGUCCUCUUCUAGCUCUCACCUGUGAAAAAGCUCCUGUGAUGGAGCUUGUCUUCUCCACUCUAAGCCCUAUUCCCCUCAUCAUUCUCUUUCUCUUCAUCAUGGGGUCCUAUGCUUUGGUCAUAAAAGCUGUAUUGAAAGUUCCUUCAGCAGCUGGACAAAGGAAGGCUUUCUCGACCUGUGGGUCUCAUCUGACUGUGGUUUUACUGUUCUAUGGCUCAGUAGUGGUCAUGUAUGGGAGCCCAGCAUCUGAACAUGGUCCUAGAAUGCAGGUGACUGUGACUCUGUUUUAUUCUGUUGUCACCCCACUUCUUAAUCCAAUAAUAUAUAGUCUUAGGAACAAAGAUAUGAAAAAGGCCCUGAAGAAAUUUCUGAGACUAUAA